UGACUCUGAUUUUGACAAUGAUGAUGAGCCUCUGCAAUUCCUGAUCAAGCCUCCUCAGAUUGGAGACUGUGAAGGGGACCAGGAAGCUGAGAUGCAGAGGCUACGAGACACAGUGGGAUGUCUGAAGCAACCACCAACAGCUGGGGUGUCUGUUCAGCAACAAACUACACAGACAACAGUGGGUGUAGCAGAUACUAAUGAAGACUCCCAAAGACUUGCUCAAACAGAUAAAACUGCUGUAUAUUACUCCAACACUCCACCAUUCACAUUAACCAGCAGUUGUGAUGCAGGUUUAGUGAGCCGAUUCCUCCCGUCGCAGGCUCUACUGGAAUCUGCUUUUGAGCCAGACCGGUUCACAGGGUGUCCUGCAUACAAUCUCACCUCCACCCCAUCUCCAUUUUCUUCUUCCUCCCCUGGACUGUUACCAGAUUCUAGACCCUAA